UCAGCACAUCAGUGUAUUGUAUUUUAUUAUCAGAUUUUUUUUUACAUAUAUGAAUUUAGCGGUCAGCCAUUGCUUUGCCUCUCCCUACUCCCUAGUUUUUAUUUUUAGUUCCAGUCGGUUUCUACCGCACCUCCCACCGCACUCAGAGGAGAGCAAGCAAGAAGUAAUGCGACCGUCGAUAUGGAUAUAUUGCAAUUGCAGCAUUUGGGUUUAGGAAUCUAGUGUUUUGUAAAGAUUACCAGAAUACCACCUGUAGGUUAUGGAAUAAUUGCCGAUACAUUCACUGCAGCAAAGGGGACCAAGCAUUAUAUGAAGUCUGUGGGACCAUUUCCCUCAACCUACAACGAGAAUUAGAAAGACUUUCAGACACAAAACGAGUUAGAUGCCACGAUUUGGACAAAGGGAAGUGUGAUCGAGGGGCGAAAUAUGUUUAAUUUAUGAUUGUGAACUGGCUUGUUUCAUUGAGUGUAAUCAUAUAAUCUGCGUUCCCUGUCUUCAACUGCUGCCGUUUUUGCGGCACAAUGAAAGAGGUGUUUUCAAGACGUGCCCAAUUUGCAGAGGCGAAUCGAUUUAUACGUGUUUAUUAUAAUUAAUGAAUUUUGUUCGCAAAGGAGGCCGUUUUUGCAAGAGAUUCAGGAAGAAGUAAAUAGAGUGGCGUACGCCUAUUUGAAAGAAGGCGACAAAGAAUUGUGUUCCGCAGUCUUAACAGGAGGUCAAUGCACUGCAGUCCAAUGCCUUCGAUGCUAUCCAAAACAUGGGUUGGUCGUUUGUAAACGUUGCACCUCAUUCCUAACUCGGACAAAUACCUACAGGUUGGAUUGCUGUCACGUCGUUUGUGGAGACUGCGUGGAAUUUCUUCCUGUUCGAGUUGACGCACUAAUGCUCUACGAAUGUCCUGUUUGCAAAGAAUAUGGCCUCCCUAUCAAACUUUAUGGCUAAAUCUUCCUGAUUCCAUUGUAGUUUACCCUCGUAGUUAUAGGAUUUGCUUUGCGUUUUGUAGUUUGCCAGCGUAGUGUAGAAUUAGCUUUGCGCAUUGUAGUCUUUCGUUUUGUAGUUUCCCAAGGUAGUGUAGUAUUUUUAAAUUAAUGCAUGCUUAUUCCUCCCAAAAAAUGUUUGCGCUAAUCAAGUACGUGGAAGAUUCUGUAAUCCAUGUAUGCUCAACAAAGGACAUUAAACAAUAUGGACAUCAGAAGUUAGCAAGGUGGUGCGACGGGCAGUUUUAUCUAUCAACUAUAAUCUGUUAUAAUGAUAAUCGAAAGAUUCUGGAAGAUAUUCGAGAGAACUUGGUGCACCGUUCACCCAUAGUUGCAUUAUAUUCCGACAAACAACAAGGAGAUGAAGUUUCUGUUGCCAACAUGAUACAACAUGAUAAUUCAUUUAAACGUCGUUUAAUGCUUACUGCUGCAGACAAAACAAAUUUGGUGAAAACCUGCAGGAACAAGGACAAUAACUUUACAGAAACCGCUCUCCUUAAUAAGGCUACACAAGAAGGUGUAUCUAGUUCCCUGCCAUCUUCUUUAACAAAACACAGUAGUAACUGUUCCUCUGAAAUUGGUUUGGUAACUGAUGCUUUCACUACAUCGCCACCUGACAGUCUAACUACAUUAAUUCCCCUCGAUCCGACUAGUCCCUCCACUUAUGAUGCAGAAAAUGGAUCCGUGGAAAUAAUUUCCAGAACCCGAGUAAACAUUUCCCCUGAUAUUAUUCGUUUUACCGAAGAAAAUAGACAGUAUGAUAUUAAUACUAAUUUUUCUACUGCAUCUAUGGACCGUUUGCUUUGUCACAACGAACCAUUAGUUAUUGAGGGCAAAGUAGUAGAUUACUCUAAUGAUUAUUUUGAAAUGAAUGACGUGGACUUGCAAGACGGUGUCAUUGCGAAUGUAUCACAUCCCGUACAAAACACCUGGAAUCUUCCUAGUGAUUUGGAAGACGCAACUUUUAUUAAUGGAGAAACGAAUGUCAUGGACUUGCAAGACACUGUCAUUGCGAAUGUAUCGCAUCCCGUACAAAACACCUGCGAUGUUUUUAUGGAUUUGGAAGACGCAACUUUUAUUAAUAGAGAAACAAAUGUCAUGGACUUGCAAGACACUGUCAUUGCGAAUGUAUCACAUCCCGUACAAAACACCUGCGAUGUUUUUAUUGAUUUGGAAGACGCAACUUUUAUUAAUAGAGAAACAAAUGUCAUGGACUUGCAAGACACUGUCAUUGCGAAUGUAUCACAUCCCGUACAAAACACCUGCGAUGUUUUUAGUGAUUUGGAAGACACAACUUUUAUUAGUGGAGAAACAUCAGAAGGCACAGCUUUAAAAAUUAUGUCCAGAACUUCAAUACAGACUACCCCCGUCAUCAAUACGCUUUUUACUGCAGAAGUAGAUGGGCAAUGUGAUACUAACGAUGUUCAUUCCUCUCCUUUAUCAACUGAUGCUUCAGUUGCACAUGUCAUCGAUGAUUUACAUAAUUCUAGUUCUGCAUGUCCUGUCGCUACAGUUUCUAUACGGAGUAAAAGAAAUUUGGUCCAGAUGGAAAAUCCUGAAGUACAGUGCAAUAAAAAAAGAAAACCUACUCCUCUCACUUAUGAUAGAAAUGUGGUAAUCACACCAUCUCAUACUUCAAACGCUCAAGUACUUGAUAACAUACCUGCCACUGCUUUAUCUGAAAACAAGAAAACUAACCCGAGGAAAUACUUCUGCGUAUAUUGCAAUAAGUUAUAUGCAAAGUUUCCUCAACAUCUGCAAACGUCACAUAGAGAUGAACCUGCUGUGAAGAUGUAUAUGUUUUUACCAUCGAAAUCUCCUGAGAGAAGGAAAAUCAUAGAAACCAUCAGAAGGCGUGGAGAUUUUGUGCACAACACUUCUACUGAUUUUAAUUCGGGUCACCUAUUUGUAGCAAGACGUUCACAUUCACAGUCAGAUUGUAAUUCUAAAGAUUAUGUACCGUGUCCACAUUGUGCUGCUUUUUUUAACAAGACAACUCUACGCCUGCAUGCCAAACAUUGUAUUCCUGCAAAAGUUACAGGUCAGAGAAACAUACUUUCUGCAAGUCGAUCUCUACUGUGUAAGCUACAUCCAAGGGCUAGUGAAUUUUUGAAAACAAAGAUAUUUUCAAUUUUUCGUGAUGAUGAUUGCGUACAGUCUAUUCGAUACGAUUUGUUGGCAGUAUUAUAUGGAAAUUAUAUGUGUAAUAAGUAUUCCUUGCAACAUCAUCACGACAUGAUCAGGAAUAAAUUGAGAUCUAUUGGGCGUCUAUUAAUCGUGGCAAAGUCUAUGGACUCCACCAUAAAGGAUUUUGUGAACUUGUUAACGCCAGAAAAAUUUGAUGUCGCCAUUGCUGCUAUAAAACAAGUGGGAGGUCUAAAUGCUACUAAUACACAUUACAAAGCUCCAACAACUGUUCUUACAUUGUCCACUGUAUGUAAGCAAGCAUGUAACAUUUGGAAAACCGAAUGUAUUAAGAACUCUGAUCCUAUUGCAAAACAGAAGGUGGAAGACUUUCUCGUUCUUUUCAAUGUUUCAUUUCCUGCGGAAUUAGGUAGAACCGCCAUCGAAAAUCGUGUUGAGCAACAGCGUCAUAAGGUGGUCGAGUUGCCUAUGAAAGAUGAUGUAAAAAAGUUAGUUUCGUUUUUGAGACUUAAACGAAGAGAAUGGUUUUCAAAAAUUCGUCGAGGGAAUGUGCAAGAUUUCAGAUAUGCCUUACAACAACUUGCUUCUUAUACUCUUGUUUCAUUAAUGGUUUUUAAUCGCAGACGUCCAGGUGAAUUGGAACGCAUAACUCUUACAGAUUUUGCCAACUUGAAGUCUGCACAUACUAUUUCCGCAUUGGGUGGCCAUUUUCAAGCAAAUCCAGAUGAUGCGCGUUUAGCAAAUCGUUAUAAACGCUUUGAGAUACGUGGCAAACUUAAUCGAACUGUACCUGUUCUGGUAGACUUUGAAAUCGAAGCAUGCAUUAAUUUAAUUAUACAAAAUCGGGAAAAACUUGGCAUCUCUUCUGACAAUCCCUAUGUUUUUGCUUGCCCUUCAAAUGAUGGCCGACAUAAAUAUUUACGUGCUUGUUACCUUUUGCGAACAUAUUCCAAUACUUGUGGUGCUUCAAGAUCUGACCUGUUACGUGCUACUUUUUUGAGAAAACAAAUUGCAACUGAGUGUGCUUUGAAUGAUCUCGCUGAUAAUGUAAUACAUGAUGUCGCUAAUUUUAUGGGUCAUGCUGUGGACAUCCACAACAAUAUUUAUCGGAGGCCGGUAGAGAAACGGGAUAUCUUACAAAUGUCCAAAAUCUUAGAAAUGAUACAGGGUGAUAAUAACUAUAUACAUGAAACAAGUGCGAGUAAUAAUGAACCCAUAAUGGAGAAUUCAGAAAAUGCCGCUUAUGAUAAAGAAGCGGGUUCAAGUUUGCAAAAUAAUGAAGUACAGCAAAUGCGUAUUUCUGGAACAGCUGAUUGUUUGGAGAACACUAACUUCAAUACGGAAACGACUACUUCGACAACACAUGUAAGCAGUUCAGAUUCUCCGCCCCACAAUGACCACCCACCUCGUGAUGAUUCAUCUUCUGAUGAUGAUUGUAUAUCGACGACUAAAAAGAAAGGCAAACAUAUUAAUGGAUUAACACGUGUAUGCGGCCCAAAACGGUCAUGGACACCUGAAGAAAUAAAAGCAGCAUCUGAGCAUUUUAAGAAGUACUUGUUAUCAAAUAAGCUUCCGUCGCUUUCAAAAAUAUGCCAAAAACUUCCCCUCAUUACACAACUAAAGCUGCGUUCUCCGACUUCAGUUAAAACAUGGCUUCACAAUGAACUGGUACGUCAACGUGGAAAAAGACUUCAAGAUAUCAAAACUCCACACGAUAUCGAAACUCCGCACGUUAAAGUUAGGAGGACACGUUGGACCCCAAACAUGAUGUUCCAAUUGAAGAAAGUAUUUGCAGAUAAUUUCAAGUAUAGAAAAUUGCCUUCUAAUAGUCAGUGCGCUGCUGCAAAGGAUAACUUUCCUGAUUUUCAACAUUUAACUAUCGCCGCCAUAAAGACUGCAGUUGCCAAUGAAAUGGAACGUAUGAAGAGAACGUAAUUUUGUAAUUGCUACAAGAAUUUGAAUUUUGAAAAAUUUCAAGAUUGUUUUUUUUUACAUUUGUUUGUUGCGGUAUACAUAGUUCUAGUAACAUGGUACUUGGAACACUGGUUUGCAUUUUGUGUGUGUUGAAAUGACGCCAAAAUUCGGAAAUAUUAAUUAUAAGUCUUGAUUGUAUACCUUUUUUUGAUUUUUCUCUGAUAUUUUAUACUUGUAUACAACCUUAAUUAAAUAUGUUUUUGUAAAUGUCAUCACAUUUAAGUUUGGUGUAUUUUGAAUGAAAUUUCUAAAUUAAAUGAUUAUUAAUUUCA